GUCAUGGAGUGUGGGCUCACCGCCUUUAUUCAGUGAGGAGCUGCAGGACGUCCCGUCGUGAAAUGGUCUCGCUGUUCCUGGAAGAUCUUUGGUCUGAAGAACGGAGCAUCAUUACAGGCAGCUGCAGUGGAUGCAGUUUGUUUUUCUCAAAGAGAAAUGAGGUCUCCUCUGAGGUCAGAAUGUCCUCAGCGCCUCAGGACAGAGGUGUGUCCUUCACCCUGGAUGUUCAAACCUCUCCAUGUUCUAGCAGCAGAAUCCCCACACCAACCCCCCAUGUCCUGCAUCUAUGAUCUUUAUGUGAUUUUCCACCCAAAGGUCGUAGGGUGACAUCCAUGGACCAGACUGGGACAAAGACCUAGAACUCCCCAUCAAGAACCGAAACACCCAUCCAGACCUGUAACACCCAUCCAGACCCGAAACACCCAUCCAGACCCGAAACACGCAUCCACAUCUGGAACUCCCCAUCCAGACCCGGAACUCCCCAUCCAGACCCGGAACUCCCCAUCCAGACCUGUAACACCCAUCCAGACCCGUAACACGCAUCCAGACCUAAAACACCCAUCCAGACCUAAAACACCCAUCCAGACCUGAAACACCCAUCCAGACCCGAAACACGCAUCCAGACCUGGAACUCCCCAUCCAGACCCGGAACACCCCAUCCAGACCCAGAACACCCCGGUUAGACCCAGAACACCCUCCAGACCCAGAGCUCCCCAUUUAGACCUGGAACACUCUGUCCAGACCCGGAACACCCAUCCAGACCCGGAACACCCAUCCAGACCCAAAACACCCCAACUCCCGAACCAUCCCCCUUCUAACAUCAUGGCAAAAUUCCAGACCCCCCUUGUCAGUUUUCCCGCGGGGGGGGCAGACUUGAUCUGAUUUGGACUUUUGGUUUGGGAGGCUUCAAGCUUGAGUUUUUGGUCAGACUAAAGUCGUCAUUGAGGAAGAACCAGAACUUCUUGGGGGUUCUGUUGGUGUAAGCCCCGCCCCUGAUGAUGAAAACCUGCAGCAGCGUUCCAGUUUCAGGAAUCUUUAGUCUUCAGACAGGACCUCUGCUCGUGUUUCAGGGGAUUCCUCUGAGGGUUGCGUCUGCGUCUGCAGGUUAAUAAGCUGCGAUCCAGCCUCUGUUUGCAGAGGGUCCUCUCAUCAGCCUCUGAGGGAUCUUCUCUUCUGAGCUCCUGAGCGGACAUGAAGCAGAACAUGAACCACACCAGAGUGUCUUACUUGGUUCUGGCAGCGUACUUUGACACCGGACCUCUGCGGUUCCUGUUCUUCCUGCUGGUUCUGGUCCUGCUGCUGCUGAUCGUGUUCUGUAACCUCCUCCUCAUCGUGGUGAUCUGCGUGAGCCGCAGCCUGCAUGAGCCCAUGUUCCUGUUCCUCUGCAGCCUGUUUGUCAACGAGCUGCUGGGGAGCUCCGGCCUGUUCCCCUUCCUGCUGCUGCAGAUCCUGGCGGACGUCCACCGGGUCUCCGCCCCCCUGUGCUUCCUGCAGGUCUUCGUGGUGUACUCGUACGCCGGCGUGGAGCUCAGUAACUUGGCCGUCAUGGCGUUCGACCGCUACCUGGCCAUCUGCUGUCCGCUGCAGUACCGAACCCUGAUGACGUCCAACAGGACCGGCGCCCUCCUUGUUCUGGUGUGGUUCUAUCCGCUCCUUGCAGUGAUGGUUCUGGUGUCGGUGACCUCCAGCUUGCAGCGAUGCGGGAACGUCAUCCACGGCGUCUUCUGCGAUAACUACUCCAUGGUGAAGCUGGCGUGCUCCGACACCACCUUCAUCAACGUGUACGGCCUCGCCAUCCUCUGCCUGCUGGUGGUUUUUCCCGCCCUGCUGAUCCUGUACAGCUACGCCCGGAUCCUCCGGGUCUGCCUGAGCGGGUCCAAACAGACCCGGCACAAGGCCGUCAGCACCUGCACGCCCCACCUGGCCUCGCUGCUCAACUUCUCCUUCGGCUGCGUCUUCGAGAUCGUCCAGAGCCGCUUCGACAUGAGCGGCGUUCCCGGCGUGCUGCGCGUCCUCCUGUCCCUGUACUACCUGACCUGCCAGCCGCUCUUCAACCCGGUUCUGUACGGACUCAAGCUGACCCGCAUCCGCAGUCUGUGUGCCCGGCUGCUCUGUGGAGACAGCUGAUCUCCUUCCUCCUGCUGUGAUGUGGCAGUAAAACCUUCUCUGCAGCUUCAGUUUCAGCUGGAGUUGAAGCAGCUUCAGUUUGUCAGAAGACUUCUGUUUGGUCCGACUAAAUCUGAUGCAUUCCUCUGAAAAUGUUCUGGUCCUCCUCAGGUUCUGCUGUAAUAAAAACAAAGAUAUUAAAGGUCAGAGUUCAGAGAGAAGUCUUUCUUUCUAGGUCUCUCUGGUUUGUCUGUUGUGAUGUUGUUGGACUCAGUGAAGGGAACCGGGCCGGGUCAGCUUGCAGUGAAGGUCCAGAACAAAGUUCGGUCGACUCGUCCAGCUGCAGUUCAUAAACAGACCCUUUUCACGUGACGUCACACAUCGCCGGUCAAGUGCAGAGUCGAUCCGAUGUGUGUGGUUUAUGGUAGAGCUGAACGCUGCUUACAGCUGUUGUACAUGAACCAGAACCAGAAUCAGAACCAGAAUCAGAAUCAGCUUUAUUGGCCAAGUACAGGACAUAUACAAGGAAUCUGGUUCUAGUGACCUGUGCUCCUAUGCAAAAAGAUAAAAAAUAA